GGUAGGGACAAAAUCAUCGUGUUCUUCAAUAACAUGGUAAAAGCUAACCUAAUUGUCAACAACGAAAAAAUGAAGGAAGAUGGCUACCGAGCAUACAUACCACGACACGUGGUAUGCAUUUCCGGUGUACUAGCCGGUAUACCUACAAAUAUCGAUACGGAGGAGAUACUAAAGGAAAUUGACUGCAAUGUCCCAGUGGUUGGCGUAAACCGUCUCACGCGAUUUGAAGAAGGAAAGAAAAUUCCAAUAAAUAGAGUGAGCGUUACAUUCAGGGCAAAUACUCUACCAGAAAAAUUGCGACUUUUCUGUACUACGUGCAAAGUUAAUCCGUUCAUUAGACGGGUGGACUUUUGUAAAAACUGUCACCGAUUUAACCAUAAAGCCAGUAACUGCAGAGCAAAAACAAGAUGUGGUAAAUGCUCAAAGAUACACGAGAAAGACGAUGACGACUUUACGAACUGCUCGAAUGAAGUUAAGUGCUACUACUGCAAGACAACAACCCACAGGACCACAGAUUCUGAAUGUCCCGAGCGUCAAAGACAAGCAAGCAUCAAUACCAUGAUGGCACGGCAGAAUUUAACGUACGUGGAAGCUAGAGAACUGGCAAACCCGUUUCCAGUAAAUAACUCAUACGACCUUCUAGCAAAUAUCCAAGAUUAUCCAACGGUAACAGAGAGCUACGCUAAGAUGGCAGCUGGCAGAUACGUUAAAAGAACCCCUACUUUUCAAUCUGGAGCCCCAACGGAGGAUCAAGGAAAAAGCGUGAAAUACAAUACAAGUUGGGAAAAAGAAAAACAAACUGAGGACGAAGCAGUAUACAAAAGAAAAAGAUUGGAUAGGCCCGAUAACAAUAGCACAGUGUCAUCAUUUAAAACAGCAAAGCUAAGACCCGACCAGAAAUCGUUCAAGGACAAAGCCAGGAAUGGUACAAACAAUGAUAAUCCAUUUGCCGUCACCGAAAAGGAGAGAUGGGAACACGCUAUGGCCGAGGCCACUAAGAAAGCAGAGGAAACUGCAAACCGAAACACUAAAGCGAACAGAAACUGGACACGGUAAAAUUUGUACAAUGCAACAUACAAAGCAUCACAAAAAACAAGGACGAAUUACAAAGAAUUCUACAAGAAAAAAACUAUGCGGCAGCUGUUCUCUCAGAGACGUGGACUAAGAUAGAAUUAGAAAAAACAAACCAAUAUAAUAUACAUAAAUACCACAAAUUUCUUAAGUCGAGGGACGAUCAUUACGGAGGUAGCGCGAUAUAUUUAAGACGAGAUAUAGCAUACGAAGAGAUCUCUCUUCCCAUACUAUCAGAAUUCACUCAAGCAGUAGCAGUUAAAUUGUUUUCUUUGGACAUGGUCAUGAUCUCAGUGUACAUUUCACCACGAAUUACGAACAACUUACUAGAUUCCGAUUUAAGUUCAAUUUUCGAUUCAUUAAAACCAUACAGGAACAUAGUAUUGGGAGGGGAUUUUAACGCUCACCAUUUUAUAUGGGGGAACGAUUAUCAAGAUCCAAAAGGAAAGAUAGUUCUAGACCACAUUAACAACAAUGAUGUAAUUCUACUGAACGACCAGUCAAAAACAUUUAUACCAUUACAAAUGAACAAAAAGGCCACGGCAAUAGAUCUAACAAUGUGCUCUCCGAGUAUGUUUACCGAUAUGAGCUGGAAAACACUAGAUAAUAGUUUGGGUAGCCAUCAUCUAAUGAUAGAAAUAUCAUAUAGCAAAACUAAUAAUAUUAACAAACCGCAAUACGCGUAUAACCAACGUAAAAUUGGAGAAGGCAUCCGCAACUUGAAACCUGCGGAUUUUGAUUCUAUCGAAGCAUUACAAAAUAAUAUUUUAAAAAUACACAAACACAAUAGAGUUAAAAAUAAAUUUGAGCCGAAACAUUGGUGGUCCAAUGAAGUAGAAACAGCAUGGAAGGAAAAAAAACAAGCAAGGAGAAAAUUUAACAAGCAUUCUACCAUAGAAAAUCUAAUUGAUUGCAAACGAAAACAAGCAAUUUUUACAAGACUGAAAAAAAAUGCCAAGCAAGCGGACUUGAAUAGAUUUGUAGAAGAGAUUAAUCCAGAUAUGAAUUCAUCCGAACUAUGGCAAAAAAUAAAUAGGUUGACAGGGAAGAGCAAAAAAGUACCAACAAAUAACAUACUACAUGAAAAUGAAAAAAUGUCUGAGAUCUUUCUUAACAAACAUUUUGGACCGAACGAUUCUAAUCCUUUGACAGAUACACAUUACCGAAUAAAUUUUGAUUUACUUGAUUUAGGGAAAUUCAACCAAAUCAUUAAUAAGAAAAAGAAAAAAUCAGCUCCAGGUAGCGACAAAAUUACAUACCAACUACUAAAAAACCUAAGAGAGGAUACCAAAAUCAAAAUAGUAUUACAACUUAAACAGAUCUGGAAGGAAUGCUAUCUACCGCAGUCGCUUAAAACGAUCACAGUUGUUGCGAUACCAAAACCUGGGAAAGAUCAGAGCACAGUAGAAGGGAAACGCCCAAUCUCGCUUGUACCAACAUUAACAAAAAUAGCCAACUCUGCGGUUCUAGACAUGAUUGUUGAAUAUAUCAACAAACAUAGCAUAGUUCCCGAAACCUCUUUUGGGUUCCGAAAACAUUCAUCGACAGUAACAUGCACAAAUUAUCUAGUUAACACAAUCAAAGCAAAUAAAAGACAAAACUACAUUUCAGCCGUAGUUUUUGUAGACCUUUCGAAUGCUUUCAAUGCCGUAAAUGUAGACACUCUAUUAGAGAUCAUGCAAAACAAAUAUUUUCCAGCAGAAGUAACAUCAUGGAUCGCACAGUUCUUGAAAAAUAGGAAAAUCAUAUUCAAAACCAAUCAUGGAACAAUCGAACGAUUUGUUAGCAACGGUCUUCCUCAAGGCGACGUUUUGUCACCAACACUAUUUAAUCUGUACACAUGCCAUCUACACAAAUUGAAAUCUGACGAUGUAGUCUUAGUCCAAUAUGCUGAUGAUUUCGGCAUCCUAGUGAGAGCAAAAAGCCUAGAAAGUUUAAAUCAAAAGACACAGAUCAUAGUUGAUAAAUUUGCAGACGAGAUGAAGACACUAAACUUUAAUGUUAAUGCUGACAAAACAAAAAUUGUACUAUUUCAAAGCUCCAAUAACGUAAUGAACAUACGUUUAAACAACACAACGAUAGAAACUGUUAAAUCGCACAAUUAUUUGGGAUUAUCGAUAGAUAGAUACAUGAGCUUUGGAAUACACAUUAAAAACACGAAAAAAAAAUAGUAGAUAGGCUAAACAUGAUAAAAGUUAUCAAUAGUAUUAAAACUGGAGGACACCCACAAACGAUGAUAACAAUAUACAAAUCGCUGUUUCAAAGUGUUAUGGAAUAUGGUUCAUCUAUUUACAACAAUAGUAGCAAAACAAAUAAGAAAAUUAUUGAUACAAUUAACAAUCAAUGUUUGCGAAAAAUUACGGGUUGCACAAAAACAACCCCAAUAAAUACAUUAAUGGCAAUAGCAGCCCAACAGCCACUAGAAAUAAGGCACGAGUUUAUAACUAGCAAAGAAAUAGCGAGAACAAUCUGUUUCAACAGUGCAGUAGCAUCUCAACUGCAACAUUUGGAACCCAAUUUGAAUAAUGAUAAACUAAGUUACUUAGAACAAAUAUUCAUAAAAUACCAACACAUUUUCAAAACUAUCUCUCCAUCAGUAUAUCGGUUACAAACAAACCAAAGGGUGGAAAUAAAAACUGACCUAGAAAUUGUAACAGCAUCUAAACUAAAUACAAACCCAGAACUCUUACGAAAGGCAGCUAUAGCAAUAAUGAAUAACAAAUAUAAAUUCAGACCGCGAAUCUUCACAGAUGCAUCUAAGGAUGGUAUAGAUGGUACCUGUGGAAUAGGAAUACAUAAUGACUUCUCGAAAACUCAAUACGCUUUUAGAUUAUUGACAGAAACUAGUACAACAACAGCUGAACUCAUAGCAAUAGAUCAGGCAUUACAGAUGAUAGAAAAAGAGAAACUUAAUUUCGCUGUUAUCUAUACAGACUCUAAGGGAGCAUGUCAAAUCUUACAAUGUGCACAAAACUCAAGCUUGGCACCACAAUUGGUGUUGGAUAUACUCAACAAAGCAAUCGAAUGGAAAACAACAGUGCAAUGGGUUCCAAGCCACGUAAAUAUUGUAGGCAAUGAAAUAGCUGACAGGUUGGCGAAACAAGGACUGAGGGAGGAUAUGACCAUACCAAACAAAAUACUACUGAAUGAUGCUUUUUGGAAAUUUAAAUCCAUAAUGAUAGACAGCGGAAAUUUGUGGUAUAAAAAAUAUGCAGAAGAGAAAGGAAAACAUUUCUAUCAGUUUCAGGACUCUUUGAAGAGCGAUGCCUGGUAUUUCAACAAAAAAUUGUCAAAUGAACAAACUAGACUUUUGAAUAGACUAUUAGCCGGACACAACUACUGUAAAUUUUGGCAGGCCAAAAUGAAAAUAGUAGAUGACGGAAACUGUGAAAUUUGUGACGAACCAGAAACUAGCGAUCACGUUAUUUUGCAUUGUACAAAGUUUACACGUAUACGCGAAAAUUUUUCUUUCGACUGUAAAUUUAACACGUUAAUUGAUCUAUUCAAACAGAAAAAUUUAGUUUACUUAGUAGAAAUCACACGAUUUUUAAAGGAAAUUAAAAUUGAAUUGUAGAAUAUUAUUGUCUACUAAU